AUGUCGGACAAGGUACCAGAAUCACCCACCACAGUCAAGCCACUGGACUAUUCCGACGACGAAGACGUUCAAGAAUCAGGCAUCAUCAACAUGGACGACGGCACCACCAAACCGAACCCCGCGCCAGGGGCGGCCACAGGCGCAUCCGCGGAGGCCUCAACUGGCACCUCGGCCCCCACGAACCCAUCGACAACUGCUUCUCAGGAGGUGCCUCCCCCGAAGCCCCCUCGACCAGUGACCGAGCAGCAGAAGAAUGAGGCCAUCCUCAAGGAGGCAUUUCCCAGCAUCGACGCCGCUGUCAUCAAGGCGGUGCUGAUCGCAAGCCGGGGACAAGUCGACCCAGCAUUUAAUGCGCUGCUGGGCAUGAGCGACCCGGAUGCUAUUCAGCACGACGCAGAAGAGCAGCCUCCACCGCAGCCUCCGCGUCCACAAAAUGCCCAGUCUCAGCUCGAGGCAGACGAGGCCUAUGCCCGACAGUUGGCGCAACACUACGAGAGUCAAAGUGCCGCAUACGAAGCCCGGACCGCCAACAGAGGCCCGGGAAACCCGCCUCGCCGGCGCCAGCAGACCGGCCUGAAUCCGAACGAACUACACGAUGACAGGGAUCACAGCUUCAUUGAUGAUGACCUCCCAGUCAUACAGGAGCAGCUCAAAAAGGGCUUCCAGGAGACGCAGACCAAGGUGAACACCUGGUUCCAGGGUAUCAAGAAGAAGUUUGACGAGCAAUUUGAUGAGAACGAAGCUUCGUCCCACCAGCAGGGCGGCCGUGGUCCCUUCGCGGGGCGGGGCAGUGGGGAGUCAUCGAGGAGGAGCAGGGACUAUGAGCGGUAUGAUGCCGAUCCAGAGUUGCUCAGCGACGACUUUGCCGGGAUGAAGUUCCACAGUGACGGCACACCUGCCGGCCGUCAGCAGACGCGGAACCCCAACCUGUUCAAGCCGCCACCACCCUCAUUGUCCCCAAAGCCACAUGAUGGUCGAAAGGUGUCCUUCAAGGACGGCGUCGAGGACAUCGAUCUCUACAGCACCUCCCCCAAGAAUGCGGCCAAGGACUCGUCCUCUGCAGCUUCUGGCGGCAAAUCCAGCAAGUGGCAGCCACUGUCCUCGGUCGAGCCGAGCCCCAUCGCGGAGAACGACCCCUUCAGUCUUGGCGACAGUGAUGAUGACAAAGACGCUAAGGAUAAGCCAGACAAGGCCGGCAUCAAACUGGAGGAUACGGAGGACUCGGAGGAAAGGCUUAGGAAAGCUGCCGCAGAGGCGAUGGCAGAUAGUCUGGUCGAUGACAAGGCCAAAAAGGAAGACGUGAAAAAGUAA